AUGGGAAUUGAAGAUAUCAAUGAUAAAGAAACCUCAGGUGCUAAGAGCUGUGAUGAGCUGCGAGACCUCCAUCCAGGGGCACUGCUUUACAAGGCCGCUGCACUCCAAAAUCUCCCAGUCAUGGCCGAUGCACUGGCACAUGGGGCUGAUGUGAACUGGGUGAAUGGAUCAGAUGAGAACAAAACUCCACUUAUCCAGGCAGUGACACCGGGCUCCUUGGUGGCCUGUGAAUUUCUGCUGCAGAACGGAGCCAAUGUGAACCAGACAGACGUCCACAGUCGUGGUCCUCUCCACCAUGCCACUCUCCAUGGACACACUGGUCUAGUGUGUCUGUUCUUGAAACGUGGAGCAAGCCAAACUGCAGUAGAUGAAAACGGCAAAAAUCCAAUUACAAUUGCUAUCGACGCUGCAAAUGCAGACAUUGUCACGCUGCUUCGGUUGGCCAAGAUGAAUGAGGAGAUGCGAGAAGCAGAGGGUGUCUUUGGACAAGCAGGAGAUGAAACGUACAACGACAUUUUCCGAGAUUUCUCGCAUAUGGCCUCAAACAACCCAGAGAAGUUAAAACGUAAGAGUCAUGAACUCAGAACCUCAACACUUUAAAUGUUACCACCUGGCAGUCACCCAGAGAUAUCCUAGAGGCUGGCUGUACAAUUCUAUCACCAAGUGCAACAUGCUUCUUCCAGACCAACUAAAGCACAAAAAGUGAAAAACAAACUGGUUGUCCACAUAAAGCAGGAAUAUCAUUUUAAAAAGUUCAACAGCAUUGAGGAACUGAGAAACCCCGUUUCCUUUCCAGCACCAGGAGACGCUUGCUCUCUCCAUCUCACUAUAUUGAAAUCCAAUCUAAUUGCACUGUUCCUCUUGACGUCCAUACUCUGGAACUCAACUAAUGCCGUUCUCAAUCUGUCUGAAUUCAGCUAUAGCUCUGGAACAUCUCAGGAUAACAUUUCCAGAUAAAGUUUCAAUCGUACUCCUAUUAGUUGUUACAUAUCCGAAAGUCACUAAUCUAAACAGAUCUUGAGGUUCAAAUUCAGAAUUAUGUGAGGGGCAACUUUUUACUCCAGGCCCCAUGCACAGCUUAAGGCUGCAGAAAUCAGUCAUGCCAAAGCAGAAGCUGUUAGAUUCAAUAAUGAACAGCAGGAUUCAAAAGAAAUAUAUCAGAAAUUUGAGGCAAUGUAUUAAAUAGUGAUAAAGUUCAAUUUGAAAGUCUUUUUAAAUAAUACAUUAGUUUGUAAUGAUGUAUUUAUAUAAAACAGAGCUUUGCUUGAAGUUUUCAAAAAUAAACUUUUUAAAAAGAAA